CUAGAGCGCGUCACUAUCCAGGACGGUUAAGUUGGUGAGAGCCGUUUGUGCGCUCGCGUAUAGCAUUCUGGGAGUUAUCUCCUCGAUUAGGAACCAACCGCACGGUGCCAGGGCCUAGAGCAGCGCCAGCAUGUCCCGCUACACCAGGCCGCCCAACACCUCGCUCUUUGUUAGGAACGUGGCCGAUGCUACCAGGCCGGAGGACUUACGGCGUGAGUUUGGUCGGUACGGCCCCGUAGUAGACGUUUACGUUCCACUUGACUACUACAAUCGUCGCCCCAGAGGAUUUGCAUAUAUUCAGUUUGAAGAUGUUCGUGAUGCGGAAGACGCACUUUACAAUCUCAACAGAAAAUGGGUUUGUGGCCGUCAAAUUGAAAUACAGUUUGCUCAAGGUGAUCGUAAAACUCCUGGACAAAUGAAGUCCAAGGAACGAAAUACCUCUUCUCCAGUUGAUCGGAGAAGAUCAAGAAGCCACAGCAGACGAACACGCAGCCGAAGCGGUUCUUGGGACCGUGGCAGGAGAAGGUCAAGACACAGAAGACAUUCAUAUAGUCAUUCCAAAUCUCGUUCAAAAACUCCACAGAAGCAUUCACGAUCACCUCUGAGACACGUUUUCUCAAAAGGACGGUCUAGAUCAGUGGAAAAAUCGCCAUCUGGUUCACCACCGAAGGAAUCUGGAUCAAAGCCUCGAUCUGGCCAGGGGCGCUCUGGUUCUGCAAGAUCACGUUCAAAGUCUCCCCGUCAGAGGCACUCCAAUUCUACAUCGCAAAAAGAAAUGGCCCGAAACUCUCGUUCGCGGUCUAGAUCGCGGGGCUUUAGGGGUAGAAAUAGUCGGCACUCUGGUUCUGAUGAAGACUAGUCUACUCCUAAACAAUUUCCCAGACUAAGGCUACAUGCACAUGACCGUAUGUGUUUUGCAGUCUGCAAAUUGCAGAUCUGCCCAAAAAAA